AUGGCAGACACAACACCCUCUACCGAGUCUGAGUCUAAAAAAGGCUACAACAAUCAACCUGCAUUUGUAUUCUAUUUGAAUUUCUACCCCGCACAGUAUAUAGCUGACCUAGCAAUGAACAGAUCUACGUUAUCAGGUCAUGUCGAAGAGAAACAGACGACCUCCAAAUUCCUACCAGACCCAUUGGAUGCAAUUGCAAGCAUUGAUGUCCAUCUACUGAGUGUCAAUGAAGUGUAUACCCAGUAUUCCAGUUAUCUCACAAUCAGUUUGGAGCUUGCCAUUGUUCACUGCAGGGAGUGUGAUGGCAAGAACACCAUCAGUCCUCCUCCUACUGUCUACUGGAAGAAAUUGCUCAAUUAUAUUUUGAUCUCUUAUCAACCCCUUGGGCCCCCUACAGCUUUCAUUCUUGGUGUUGCCAUACUGUUGCUCCUCAUCAUCAUUGUUUUUGCUACAUUCUAUGCUUUGGUCGAUUUGAAUGCGAGCAGAAUCAUGAAAUCAAUAAAAUCUCUAAUUGCACAUGAGGCUGUGGUCGUUAGGGAUGGAAACCAGCAGAUAAUCCCAGCUGCUGACAUAGUAGUUGGUGAUAUCGCUGUGCUUAAUGCUGGCGACCAUGUCCCAGCCGACAUGUGCAUCGUGCAGGCAUUCGAAAUGGUACCAGGAGCUCUUGAUGCCACAUCCAACAACACUCUGGAGACUCGUAACCUCAUCCUGACUUCCACUUUUGUUGUACAAGGGACUUGCCAUGGUGUUGUGUUCGCCACUGGUGAUAGGACCAUCAUGGGAUGCCUCAUCAAGAUGUUGGGAGAAAUGAAGUUCAAGCUCACCACUAUCCAAAAGAAGGUGUGGUUCUUUACAAAGAUCAUUUCAUGUCUCGCACUCUUUUUCUUCCUCUUGUUGCUUCUUCUAUAUGGUGUCUGGUUACGGAUGUCGUAUCCUGGGUAUGACACCAUGUCUUCUGCCAUCGUGAAUUCGAUUGGUUGCUUGACCACUUUCGUUCUGCAAGGCCUCCCAAUUUGUGUGGCACUUUUGUUGACUGUUGUCACAUGUCACAUGGCUAAAUGUCAGGUGCUGGUCAAGAAUCUGGUGACAAUCAAGACAUUAGGAUGCAUGUCUGUGCUAUGUUCUGACAAGACAGGCACGCUGACUGCGGGAAAGAUGAUGGUAGAGAAUAUCGCCUUCCUGGAUGACAUAUUCAGCAUCGAGGAAAAAACGAUCAGGUUGCUUUGCAAUGGCGCGAAAUUCAACGUAACAACCAACCACCUUCUGGUGCAGGAACAUAUGAUCAAGGGCGAUCCAACCAACACCACUCUUUUGCGUUUCUCCGAGGCCCUUUCAAUACCAGAGCUUGAUGUAGAUUCCAGUACUCUUCAGAAAGAGUAUGAGAAGAAGUUCAAGAUCCCUUUCAAUUCCUGCAAUAAAUGGAUGCUUUCCGUGGUCUCAAAGGUCUACAAUUCUGAAAAGAAUGGGGAUUCAACAUGGAUGUUCGUCAAGGGGGCUCCUGAUGUUCUGUUCCCUUCCUGCGGAAGUGUGCUACAGAGUGAUGGGACAGUCGUCAGUUUAACAGGUUUGGUGAAGCAGAAAAUCACCACACUUCAAGAGAACUGGUCAAGUCAACAUCAGGAAAAGCCUCCUGAGACAAAUCAUGUUAAAUCACACUAA